CUUUUCUGCAAUUAAUGUAUUAUUUUAUUAUAACAAAUAUGAUAAGUAGCACUAAUAAUAAAUCCGAUCAAAGCGAAACAUUUGCUCAUUUAUAUGGGGUGCUUUUAUAUAGGAGGAAGGAUAUAAUAGCAAUUCAAGAAAAACUUGGUAUUAGCUGGAAAGCUAGCAUGGCUAACAGUAAUGCAUUGGAGCAAAUAGAACACGAGCCCGACAGGAAAACACUUGCUGAUUCAUAUAAGUUGUUACUACAUUUGGUGGGAGGUUUAAUACCGAUACAGAAAAAUCUCGACAUCGAUGGCAACCCCAUUCUGGCAGUGGAAUAUGCGGAGCAUAGGGUCUCUGACCCAUAUAAUAAUGUGACAAAUCAAAACAAUAGAGGUUCUUCUGAUUUAUCACUUUCGAAAUUAUUUAGUUUGCUUUUAUACUUGGAAGAGGAUAUAAACACCAUUCAGGAAGAACUUGGUAUUGUCGAUUAUACUAAUCAAGAAAUGGCAGAAGAAGCCGAUAAAAAUGCGAGAGUGUACCUCCGAAAAUUUGAGAAAUUCCAUGGUCCAUUAGAAGAUGUUCCAAGUGUAUUAAUACAGAAAUUCAUUGACGAGGGGGUAAAAAUGUUUUAUUUUACUGGAGAGGAGCUCCCAUUAUUUCCGAAUGUCUCUCCUCAACAAUUACACGAAAUUUUCGACAAAAAAUCGGCUAGCGACAAUCAGUGUCCAUGUCUAGAAUCAAAACCAGAAUAA